GGAGGAUGAAGAGGGUGGUGGUGGAGGUGAUGAUGAGGAUCGCGUGAAGCCGUUUCUCUUGGCGUGCCGCUGCCUCGCGAGGAUUUACUCUGACGAUGACGGAUGUUAUGAAGGAUUACAGCUGUUUUUAUUCUUCCUCCUGAAAGAGAGAGAGAGAGGAGAGGGGGAGAGAGGGGGAGAGAGGGAUGGGUGACCGUCACCGGCGGACCCGGAGACUCGGGAGCCUCUCGACCAAGCCCCGGGUCUCCAAGGAGACGAAGCUCCGGCUGCGCGUGAUCUUUCUGGAUGACAGCGAGCGCACGUUCGAGGUGGAGCAAAAGGUUUUAGGAGGCGACUUCUUCAACAAAGUGUGUGGUCAUCUCAAACUGCUGGAGAAGGAAUACUUUGGACUGGAGUUCAGACACCACAGCGGCAACUAUGUUUGGUUGGAGCUGCUGAAGCCACUGGCCAAACAGAUUAAAUACACCAAUGAUCUUUUCUUCAGGUUUAUAGUCAAGUUCUUUCCACCAGACCCAGGGCAACUUAAGAGAGGCCUCACCAGGUAUCUUUUUGCCUUACAGAUAAAGCAGGACUUGUCCAACGGCAGUUUGACCUGUAAUGACAACAGCGCCGCCCUGCUGGUCUCUCACAUAUUGCAGUCAGAGCUAGGGGACUAUGACGAGGAGCUGGAUUGUCACCAUUUAGAGAUGAAGCAGUACGUCCCCAACCAGGAAUAUCUAGACCACAAGAUCAUCAAGUUCCACAAGAAACACAGAGGUGUGUCUCCAGCAGACUCGGACAUCCACCUGCUCGAGGUGGCGAGGAAGCUGGACAUGUACGGCAUCAGGCCUCAUCCGGCCCACGACGGAGAGGGAAUGAGGAUCAACCUGGCUGUCACACACUCUGGAGUACUGGUCUUUCAGGGAAACACCAAAAUCAACACUUUUAGCUGGGCGAAAAUCCGCAAACUGAGCUUCAAACGCAAGCAUUUUCUCAUCAAACUACACGACAAAGUUGGGCCGUCAUGUAAGGACACGCUGGAGUUCUGCAUGGCCAGUCGUGAUGUAUGUAAAUCGUUCUGGAAGAUGUGUGUAGAGUACCAUGCCUUCUUCAGACUGGCUGAGGAACCAAAGGCAAUACACAAAACACUGCUGUCCUGUAAGGGCUCCAGCUUUAGAUACAGUGGGCGGACACAGAAGCAGCUGCUGGAGUGUAUGGGAUCAGGGGAAAAGAAGCCUUCACAUUUUGAGAGGACUUAUUGUCAGUCAGACUACGAUCCCAGACAGUGUCGAUCGUCUCCCGAUCUCCUCACCGACGUCUCCAAACAACUGUAUGAGCACUCACAUCCCUUCCCCCGGUCGGGUCAUGUGAUGGCCUUGGCAGUCCGCAGUCAGGACGAAUUGGACCCACAUCAGCGAGGUGUAGACGACAUCGAAAUCGGUGGAGGAGGGGCUAAACGCAGCCAAUCAUCUGUUGAGGUUACCCAGAGGUCCUAUCCUCUCUCCCAAGUCACUCCCCUCUCUCCCUCUCUCCACCAAGCAACCCCCUCCCCCAAGAUGAGGUCAGCUUCAACAUCUGUGAUGGAGGACAUGAGGGGUGGACGCAUCGGGGCACAGCGCCAAGCCCAAAGGUUAGCCGGAGUUUAUGGCAACCGAUCACGACGUCGGCCCAAUCCUCAACCACACCCGGACGCCGCACAGCAGUUGGUUCUUCUUUACCCAAACAGUCCUGCCUACCAGUAUCACCCAAUCCUCCCAACGUUCCCAUUAGCUGGUUCCUCGCCACUCAACCGUCACCCCUACUUGACGGACUAUGUUGCUGUUUCCUCACUGGAGCGUUUCCCACAUGCAAGGAGGCGGGAUUAUGUGACAAUGGAUGGCCUAUCACGGCCAUCUUUCUACCCGCUAAGCCAGGAUUCGCCAUCUGUUUCGCCAAUCAGGAGAAACCUCCGUCCCACUGGCUCAGGUGGACUAGGAUUGGCCAGGGUUUACCAGCCGGGAAGCAAUGGAACAAGGCUCCUGGGCAUUGGACAAACAGAGGCAGGGCAUUACAGUGACGACUCCAAUUUCCUCCCGGGGCUGCCUCGCCGUGUAGCUAGCCAACCAGACGUCAAGUUCCACCUCUCAAGGAGUUCAAACCCUGCCUUUAACCCUGCCUCAGAGUUUCGUCCACUUGGUUACUACCCCCAUCUGACACGGCCCUCCAGACCCACCUACCUCCCACUAAACUCCUCCCCUCUGCCUGAACGCCCCACCUCCCUAUGCAUGAUCGGAGGCACCUCGGGGAGCUAUAGUGACUCAGACCCAGAGGUUUUCUACCCAUAUUACUGCCCACCACCACCACUGGGAAAGAUGGUACGGUCCGCUGGACUAGCCAGAAUGAGGUUUUCCUCUGGGAGCCUCCAACUGGACGAGGAGGAAGAGGGGGAGGAGGAAGAGGAGGAUGAUGGAGGAGCAAAGGACAAGGCAAAAAAAGAAUUAAAGGGUGAAGAGGACAAUAAAGAAAGAACAGGAGGAAAAGACGAGAACCCUAAAGGUGCUGCGAAGAUUACAGAGGUCACACUGUAGAUAGAUGAAAACAUUUUAAACAGUAGAAACAGUGCAAAGGGUCAUGACAUGAUCACUUUCAAAACUAGCAGCACAGACUGUAGAUAAAAAAGACAGUUGUGAUAAGUAUGGUGGUUUUGUAUGUAUGAGAAGUGAAUUCUUUUUGAGGUGUACUGGCAGAUGAAAUGUACUGUUUUUGCCUUGUUUUAGUAAAAAAACCUCAGCUUCUGAAAACUA